AAAAAAAAAAAAAAAGAAAGAAAGAAAGAAAAAAACACCAAAAAAAAAAAAAAACAAAAAAUAAGAAAAAUUUCAAAUGUCAAAUCAAAAUGUAAUCUAUAUAAAUUGACUUUAACCGAUCUUAUUCAUAAUAACAGUGGAACAAAUAGGAAACGACGGAGUUUGUUAUUUAUUUUCGUUUUUUGCGUUUCGCAUUACCAAUUGGGAUAAGAAAUUGAGAAACAAAGAAUAUAUAUUAAUUCUUGAGGAUGUAAAUUAUGAACAAGGAGAAGGAAGAUAAUGCGUAAGACGUAUUGUUCUUUGGAUUAAUAAAUUAAUAGUAUCGAUAAAGUAUUAAUAAAUAAGAAGGAAGUGGACGGAGAAGAAAAGAAAAGAAAAGAAAAGAAAAGAAAAGAAAAGAAAAGAAAAGAAAGAAAAAUGGAGAAAAAUUGUAAAAUUGAGACAGGACUACUCAGCAUGGAUAAUAAUAAAGUAUCCAUGUCGACAAAAUUGGCUUACGCCUUGGGACAUAUUUUCAACGAUCUGACAGCAGCCAUGUGGUUCUCAUAUACUUUAAUUUAUCUGCAAAAGGUUUCUCUUUUGGAGCCAAUAAUGGCUGGGACGUUAUUGUUAUUAGGUCAAAUCGUGGAUGCUUUCACAACGCCAAUCUUUGGCUUUCUCGUCGAUCGUUACUGCAAGAAAAAAAUAUGGCACGUGAUCGGCUCAGUUUUGGUCACCCUAAGUUUCCCAAUUAUAUUUGGAGGUUUCGCUAAUACCUCCAAUUCUAUCAUCAUGUUCUUUUAUAUACUGAGCAUCAUAAUCUUCCAGAUUGGUUGGGCAGCCGUACAGAUAUCGCAUUUAUCUAUGAUACCAUCUUUAACAAACUCGUUACUCGGUCGUACCGAAUUAACAGCUAUAAGAUAUUCAGCACAGGUGAGCUCAGCGGUAGUUGUUUUCGUGGUCACAUGGAUUGUCCUUCCAACAAAUGGAGAAUCGAUGGUGCUACUCGAUCAACACGACGACUACAAAUUCAGAAAUAUUGUGAUCGUUGUAACGGCAUUCGGUUUGACUGCGACCACUCUCUUUCACAUUCUCCUGAAGGAAAAUCUUUUGGAAAAUAGGAGUCAAUCACAAGCCAAAACGAACCCCGACGAAUCUAGUUGGCUUUUAGAUGGUUUUUCAACCCCAAGAAGAUCCUGGUUUGGUACAUCAAUUUUAUUAAGAGUUGCAAUGUUAUAUGUUGCUAGUAGAUUAUUUAUAACCCUUGCUACUGUUUACUUACCACUUUAUAUCGAGGAGACAGCAGUUGGUGGUAAACAAGCAUUGGCCACGGUACCAUUGGUAUCUUAUUUAUCAUCCUUCAUAGCUGCAUUGUUGUUAAAAUAUAUGAACAGAUCUUGUGGAACAAAGAUAUGUUACCUUUGCGGAGCCCUCAUUGGUAUUCUUUCGGCAGCCAUUACAGAAUUUGGCGGGAGUUAUGGAAUCGUUACAUACACAAUUGCCAUUCUUAUUGGUGCAGGCAGUUCGAUUACCAUGGUAACGGCUUUAAGUGUUACAGCUGAAAUUAUUGGUCCUCGAACUGAAAAAAGUGCAUUCGUUUAUUCGAUCGUAACGUUUCUUGAUAAAGUCGUUACGGGAUUGGUCGUAGUACUUAUCGAACGAUGGAGAUGUCAUCAACAAGAAUUAUGUCCAAAUUAUAAUCGAGAUACUUUGGCAAUCGUAUGUGCAUCGUCGAUGCUACUUGGUCUUAUUACUUUGUUAUCGGUAUCACGUUGUUUGACAUAAAUGCCCGAUUAUAAUUAUUAUUAUUAUUAUUAUUAUUAUUAUUAUUAUUAUUAUUAUUAUUAUUAUUAUUAUUAUUAUUAUUAUUAUUAUUAUUAUUAUUAUUAUUUUAUUCAUUUUUCUUUUUUUCAUUUUUUUUUCUCGAAAAGAUCUUUUGAUAAUACUGUUAUCUCGUAUAUGUAUAUUUUUUUUUUAUUUUUUUUUUUUUUUUUUUUUAGCAAUAUAUGUUUUAUUGUUAACGUUUGUUUUUAGAUCGUUUCGUUGAUCGAUCAGGAUCUAAGGAGAUUAGAACGAAUUAUUAUUAUUAUUAUUAUUAUUAUUAUUUCCGUUUUUCUUUUUUCUUUUUUUUUUUCUUUAUUUUUUUUAUUUUUAUUUUCAUAAAGAUUUUCAAACGAUAAACCGUUCAAAGAUUUAACCAUUCAAUGAUGUAUUAUUAAAUAUUGUUUUUACAAAUGGAAAUAUUAGUAAUUAAUUCGUUUGGAAAUAAUCGAAGUACUACACGUCGAACGUAGUUUUUUUUUAUAUAUAUUAUUAUUUUUUUUUUUUUUUUUUUUUUUUUUUUUAUUUUAGUAAUAUUUAAUAAUAAUAUGUUUGUAAUUUUUGUACAAGCGCAAAAUUAUAUUAUUUAUUUUCAAGUUAACGUCCGAUAGAUUUUAGAGAUAUUUUUAAGAUUCUUUUUAUAUUUGGAUUUUGUGAGGUUAAUUAACUGUUCGUAAUAAAACAAAACGAGAGAGACAUAAAGAGAAAGAGAGAUAGAUAGAUAGAGAGAGAGAGAGAGAAACGAAGUUAACCUAAAAGUAAUGAAAAAUUUUUGAUAUAAAAUAUUAUUUAUUCUUUUACGAAGUCGAAAGUCCAACGAGAAUAAUCGAAUGAAUAUUUUGUAAGCAUAUAAUCUCUUGGAACUUAUUUAAUGAAUUAUAAUUUGUUAUAAAUAAACUUAUUACUAUCGUA